UACCAAAAAAACACGAACUUUUGAGGUUAUUUACCAAUAUAGUACCAAGUUAAUAAGUUUCAUUCGCCACGAAAAUUGGACUGGUUCUGAUUCACUGUUUCCGCGUUUUUUAUUCAAAAAAUGGCCUUAUUGAAGUUAAGAUCAGCACCAACAGUGUUAAUAGAGGAUGAUGGUAACAAAAAUAUCAUACCACUGCUCUCGGCUCUAACGCAACAUGAAAAGAAUUCUAUCAAUAUGUUUUGCUACGAACAACCUAUUUCAAAUUGGAGAAAAGUUUUCAGAGAAAAAUCCAACGUUCUAUAUCAUGAAGAAUUUCAACCCGAAUGUUACGAAAAGUAUACAAAUACAAAAGGUACUGUAAUACUAGAUUCAGUAAAUCAAAUGGCACUCUGUCUAACUUUGAAUGAAACUUUGAAAUAUUUGAAAAAACUAAACAAUGAUUCUAAUGUACUUCAAAUAAUAUUAAUACUGCACAAAGAUUGUCUCUCACACUUUUCUAAGUUACAAGCAUUUUUAAAUCAUUUAUCAAACGCUAUAGUAUCUUAUGAUCCAAAAGAAUCAAAUAAAGUUAGAGUACAACUUAAAAAGAGCGGGAAAAUUGUGAAAACUGAAGAAAUUUUAACUUACAACAUUCAGACGUCAACAUUGAAAUCAUUGCCUAUAAUAAAGGAAGAAAAGAGAGAGGAUGAACCAGAGAAACCUUUGCCAAGCAAUUUAUCGACAUUUAAAAUAGAAAUAGAGCAAACAGAUAAACUUGAAAAGUAUAAGCUGAAGCUUCCGUAUAUGAGUAAGAUCAAUGAGGGAGUGAGCAAGGUGUAUUAUGAACCUGAUGCGGUUGAUGACUGGGACGAAGAAGACCCAGAUGAGGAUCUGGAUAUAUAAUGAACUUGUGAUACAACAUGUUAUUGUUGUAUGUUUUGUUUAUAGAUUGUAAUUGCUGAGUGUGCCCCGGUGAUUAUUCUGUAAAUAUAAGAGAUAUCAAAAACCUUUAAACUGAUAUUGAAAGUACAUAUUAUGUUAUCUAAUGAGUAUAACAACAUCAAUAGCUUCUUAAUAAUAAAACAAGAUAUAGCAAAAAUUUGAAUGUUAAACUCUUUUGUACAUUUAAUAUGACAUUUGCAGAAUAAAAAUUUGGUACUUAAUUGAAAAUAAAUAUCACUUGUUUUUAUUUAAUUAAAAGAUCUGUGAAUUUAUUGUUAUCUCUUAAAGUAGUGAAUUAAAGC